UAGACGUCGCUGCUACCCAUUCUUUCUCGAACAUUGUUGCUGUCACAGCUCGCUCUACCUUCUCGACUCGUUUGCCGUCCAUACACCACCUUCCUCCGCAGUCCACCUCGAGACAAGAUGCGGAUAGAAGACGUCACGCUAUGGAUGAGAGGAACGCGGUACGACGGGACGCUCAAUCUGAAGCCCCACCACAUGGUCUUCAGCUGGCAUCCUCCGCCUCCGCCCGACUCCCCCGAGUCCGCGAAGCCACCCCGAGAAAGAGAUAUAUGGAUUACAUUCCCCAUGAUAUCAUAUUGUGUUUACCGCCCUACCCCUCCGCAGUCACACCAGCAACCCUCGAUUCGGAUACAGUGUCGCGACUUCAAGUUCUUCGCUUUUCACUUCCUCGGAGAGAACAAGGCACGUGAGGCGUACGAGCGGAUACGCUCGUCGUCCUGUAGGAUCGGAAGACUGGAUAAGUUGCUGGCGUUCUCGUAUAAGCCACCGCCUGCGGAAAAGCCUAUUGAUGGCUGGAAGAUCUAUGAUGCUAGGCGUGAGUGGAAGCGACUAGGCAUCAGCGCAAAGGACUCGGAAAAGGGCUGGCGGAUAUCUGAAAUUAACGUUGACUACCAGUACUCCCCUACAUAUCCUGCAUUAAUCGUCGUUCCCACCAGAAUCUCAGAUAAUGUACUCAACUAUGCGGGCAAAUACAGGUCUAGAGCACGGAUACCAGCCCUCGUUUACCGGCAUCCCAUAAAUAAUUGCUCCAUUACUCGGAGCGCUCAACCGACGCCUGGCAUCAGGGGUUCCAGGAACGUCCAAGAUGAGAAACUGGUGGCCGCUAUAUUUGCGACUAAUAGUGGGUGGAAACCACAAACAGCCCCGACAUCAAGCACAACUAGCUCGAGCCCAGAAUCUAGUGUGGACAACUUCAUUUUUUCUGGUGCUGAUAGCUCAUCUGUAGUUGACCCCGCGACGGAAGACCUUUCGGACCCUGACGAGUCCGAUACCAUACAUCCAAAGGUUUACGGUGCACAACGGAGAAACAUGAUCGUUGACGCUCGGCCAACAAUCAACGCUAUGGCGAUGCAGUUAGUCGGCAAGGGUUCAGAGAACAUGGAUGGAUACAAAGGUGCCCAAAAAGCCUACUUGGGCAUCGACAACAUUCACGUCAUGCGCAAGUCUCUCCAAAAGAUCGUCGAUGCGCUCAGCCAUUCAGAUGUUUCUGCAUUUCCACCCAAUGCGGAGCAGCUCGCAGCAACGGGCUGGUUGAAGCACAUAGGGAAUGUGCUGGAAGGAUCGGCUCUCAUAGCACGAACAGUCGGCAUCAUGCACUCACAUGUGCUGAUACACUGCUCCGACGGCUGGGACCGAACGAGUCAGCUGAGCGCACUAAGUCAGAUAUGCCUUGACCCAUACUAUCGCACGAUAGACGGCUUCAUUGUACUAGUAGAAAAAGACUGGAUGUCAUUCGGCCAUAUGUUCCGGCAACGAUCUGGAUUCUUGAGUCACGAGAAAUGGUUCGAGAUCGAGAAUGAGCGCAUAGGUGGAAAGACCAGUGCCAACGGGACCAGCUCUCCCGGCGGUAAUACUAUCGAAAACGCCACUCGACUUGCAAACCGCUUCUUCAAUCGUAAGGACGAAAGCCGAGAAUCACUCGUAGAUACCACAGACGCUGAGAUGCAAAAUGCAUCUGACUCGACACCCAUCUCUGUUUCUACUCCAGCACCCAUAGCCUCCAUGUCCGGGGCCGCCGAAGAACAGCGCGUCACAAAGCCGUCCGAAAUAUCCCCAGUGUUCCAUCAGUUCCUAGACUGCACCUACCAGCUCCUCUACCAGCACCCGGACCGCUUCGAGUACAACGAGCGUUUCCUCCGCCGCCUCCUCUACCACCUCUACUCGUGCCAAUACGGCACCUUCCUCUUCGACAACGAAAAGGAGCGCGUCGAGAACAGAGCCGCGCAGCGCACGCGAAGCGUAUGGGACUACUUCCUUUCCCGCCGCCCCGAUUUCACAAACCCAACAUACAACCCCGCCGUCGACGACAGCGUCCGCGGCAGAGAGCGCAUGAUCUUCCCCGACAGCAGGAAGAUCCGGUGGUGGCCAGAGCUGUUUAACCGCCUCGACGAGGAUAUGAACGGCAAGUCCGGCCCGCCGCCUGGCGCGCCCGCGACACUCUCGCCCUCGUCGUCGAUGGUCUCGAGUUCGUCGAAUAACCCGAAUGGGCUCGCGACGCCGAGCAGGAGUGGCGCGAGUACCCCUAUCUUGCCGGAGUCGAUUGUCACGGGUGUGGAGACGGCGGAGUACGCGACGGGAGUGGCCGCCCAGCCGAAGCCUGCCGCGUCGAUGGCGCAGGCGUUUGCGAGUUUAGGGAUUGGGUCGGGGGGCUUGAGUCCGCAGCCGAGUCCACAGAGAGGGAGGAGUCCGAAGCCAUCAAAGGAGGACAUGGAGGUGGAGAUGCAGUAGAAGAGAGGACGUGGGAGUUUAUGAAUGAUACCCUGGAUUAGCUCGUGAAAGUAUACAAACAUUGGCCACCAAUUU